AUGGCCACGACCUCUCCGUCGCUCUACGGCGUGCUCGGGCUGUCGAUAGGGGCCAAUGGCAACGAGAUAAAGGCAGCGUACAGGAAACUAGCGAGAGUUUGUCACCCUGAUGUCUGCAAGAACUCGCCGAGCUCUGCAGACGAGUUCAUUAGGAUCCACGCUGCGUACUCGACGCUCUCCGAUCCCUGCAAGCGUGCGGAUUAUGACCGAGGGCUCGCUAUGCUCAAAUUUCUCUUGUUUGCAAGCUUUUCUCUUGUUGAUGAUGUAGACAACGGAGUAAAUUUGGAGAUGCAAAUUCUCUUUGCCAAUGUAAAUUGUACAUUAAUUAUCUUUCCUUCUGAAAUGGCGGUGGUAGCUUACACUGGAAUAAAAGAAUUACUCAGGGACCAGACUGAUGAUAAAUAA